ACCAGGCAGCGUCGCAACGUCGAAGUCUACACUUUCUCGGGCAGCUGGAUAAACUGUGCUGUGAGGAAUUAAGCUGAAAUUGAAUGUUACUGAGUCCAAGUAGUAGCUUUUAGGUGUUUGUAGAAGCCAACGCAAACUCUUUACCGCGGUUGCUGCCCAGCCAGCGAAGCGGGAGCCAUGCCUGUCCCUGCUGGAUACCUCAGCGACUCCCCCGCAGCGGCCUUCACGUCCUCGGCCUCUCUUAUCCCGCCUCCACCGAUAAACACCCAGCAGCCUGGUGUUGUCACCUCGCUCCUGUACAGCGGCUCCAAGUUCAGGGGACAUCAGAAAAGCAAAGGAAACUCCUACGAUGUGGAGGUUGUUUUACAGCAUGUCACAAUGGAAGAUUCCUAUUUAUGUGGCUACCUGAAGAUAAAGGGAUUGACAGAAGAAUAUCCAACACUGACGACUUUCUUUGCCGGAGAGAUCAUCAGCAGGAAGAGGCCGUUUCUCACUCGGAAGUGGGACGCAGAUGAAGACGUCGAUCGGAAGCACUGGGGCAAGUUCCAGGCUUUUUACCAGUAUGCAAAGACAUUUAACUCUGAUGAGUUUGACUAUGAAGAUCUGAAGAACUCUGACUAUAUUUUCAUGAGGUGGAAGGAGCAGUUUCUGGUCCCAGACCACACAAUCAAAGACAUCAGCGGCGCUUCCUUUGCUGGAUUUUACUACAUCUGCUUCCAGAAAUCCACAGCAACAAUCGAGGGCUACUACUACCACAGGAGCUCUGAAUGGUACCAGUCUUUAACGCUCACCCAUGUUCCCGAGCACAGUGCAGCCAUCUACGAGUUCCGGUGACCGCCGUGGCUUUCAGCGCCAUCUCUUCAGUUGGAAAUGCGAACGCCUGCAGAUUCUACUGAGAAGAAAAAGGAAACCAACUUGGGUCGAGAUUUUGAUGUUUUAAGACGUAAAACAAACAAAAAAAAAAACACUUCCCAUUUUCUCGAAUUGGCAGCUGACGGUGAGCACACGGGACUGAAGACUAAUGAAUGUACGGCUGAGAUGAAAACGGGAAGAAAAAAAAAGUGCGUUUCAGUGCUCGCCGGACAGAACUUGUGAUGUCCAAACUAACAGCAAGGACUGGGCGUGGCUCAUACAGUUCUCGUUACUUUAUUUGUUUUAACGUCUGGUUUUAAAACGCUUAAAUUAUGACACUUUAAAGGCCUUGUCGGGGUAUUUCCUCCCCUUCUUGGUUUGCAUAUAGGAAAAGAUCUCAGCAGCACACACGCUGAACCUGUUGGACAAGGACUCAUCUGAGGAGUUCGCUCUGAGAAGGACGAAAAAUUUCCAAGUUUGAGGAGGAAAAACAAGAGAGAAGUUUGUAAAGUUUAAAGACAGGAGCUUUAAUAUUUCUGAAGCUAGAGAGACAGUAUUUUUAAGCUAAACUGAGUCUUUGUUUGCCUGCCAAGAGUAUAUUUUCUUAUUUUACUCCUAAUGAUGAACAAUGAGUGGCACUUUUUUAAAAGGUACAAUCUGGGAGAUUCCUGAAAUAAGCUUUUAUUUUUCUCCCUCCCCCCCCCCCCCCCCUCCUUUCUCAUAAUCUUGCUUUUGAGCAUAGGAUUGCUGUGGAUUUUCUUCUGAGUUGUAUUUGCACAGAUUAUAUGCUACUAAGAUGUUUGGGUUUGAAAGCAUCCCAGUACACAGACGUCAAGACAUGUUCGAAGUAGUUUCGUCUAAAAGUAUUCAACCCCUUCAGUCUGCAUGAAACAUGGAACUUUUUCACUGAAGAGUCCCAUCGUUUAUUUUUCCUCAACUAUGCAACACUAGAGUUCCAAACACAAGACCCUGAGUUUCAGCAGUGAGAUUUUAGUCUAUCCUUAUAAUAUAUAUAUGUAUGUAUAUAUAUUAUAUAAAAAAAAAAGAUUUAUCUUCCUAUUUUGUUAAAUUGCUUAUGAUGACACUCCUCCCUGAUCAUGCUCCUCUUCCAUGUGAUUGUGCCAUCUUUUUUAAAAGCUUGUCAGAGUUGUAAUGUGACAGAUCGAAGGUGUGUUUGUGAAAAAGACGAACUUAUUGAUGG